AUGCACUACUCUACCGCUCUUGCUGCCGUUGCAGCUAUUACUCCUUUGGUCAACGCUCAUGGAGCUGCCCUACCCAACAUCAUUGGACUGAACCCCAGGGAUCUCCGCGCUCGGGAUUUGCUUUCUCGCACCGGAGCACGUUUCACUGGAGUCAACGAACUUCUCAAGCCCAAGACCCAGGUCAAGACUGCCGUCGUUGCCCGUCAGGAUGACCGCCAGUGCGGUGCAGGCGUCGGCAACUGUCCCGCUGGCCAGUGCUGCUCAGAGGCUGGCUACUGUGGUACUGAGGACGACUACUGUUACUCUCCCGGAUGCGACUACGCGCACGGUCCUGGCUGCCCUGAGAACGCAACUCCAGGUGGUACCAACACCUCUUCUAUCGCUCGUCCCAAGCUCGGUGACGUCCAGUACGGUGGUGCUGGUAUCUACGGUUGUACCACACCAGGUACGGUUGCCAUUACCUACGACGAUGGCCCACAAAAGGUCUUCACCAGCCACAUUCUCGAUGUCAUGGCUUCGUACAACGCAAAGGCUACUUUCUUCAUCACUGGAAACAACAUCAACAAGGGACAGAUUGACAUCACCCCUGAGUUCAGCGAUGUCCUCAAGCGCAUGGACUCUGAAGGCCACCAGCUUGCUUCCCACACCUGGACUCAUUUGGACUUGAGCGCCAUCUCCCAGCAAGACCGUUACAACCAGAUGAUCAAGAACGAGAUGGCUCUCCGCAACAUUGUCGGCAAGAUCCCCACCUACAUGCGCCCCCCAUACUCCAGCUGCACUGCUGAGUCAGGCUGCGAGAAGGACAUGGCUGAUCUUGGCUAUCACGUCACAUACUUCAACCUUGACACUGAUGACUAUGAACACGACAGUACCACUCUGAUCCAGUACUCCAAGGACGUUUUCCUGGGCAACGUCACCAGUGGCCCCGCUGCCAGCAACCAAUGGCUCGAGAUUGGACAUGACAUCCACGAGCAGACUGCCAUGAACCUUACUGAGUACAUGCUCUCCACCCUUACCCAGCUCGGCUACAAGGCUGUUACCGUUGGUGACUGCCUCGGUGACCCCAAGGAAAACUGGUACCGCACUGCUGGUGGUGCUGGCUCUGCCAACCCUACUACUUCUGCUACUGCCCCCGCUGCCACUGGAACCAAGCAAGUCACCACCGAUGCUACUUGCGGUGGAACCAAGGGAUACACAUGCCUGGGAUCUUCGUUCGGUAACUGCUGCAGUUCUGCCGGUUACUGCGGUACCACCUCAGCCUACUGCGGAACUGGUUGCCAGUCUGGCUUCGGUAACUGCGGAAGCAAUGGCGUCGCUCCUACCACCACCACCAAGGCUACGUCGACGACCAAGGCUGCUACCACUAGUUCCAAGGCCCCUGUCGCCUCUGCUGCAGGCAAGGUUUCCACCGAUGGCUCAUGUGGCGGUGCUUCUGGCUUCACCUGCGCCGGCUCAACCUUCGGGAACUGCUGCUCCCAAUACGGCUGGUGUGGAAGCACCACCGACCACUGCUCUACUGGCUGCAACUCUGCUUUCGGUACGUGCUCUGGCACUGGAGCGUCUGCUACCAAGGCGGCUGCUACCACUACCACCAAGGCUGCUGCUGCUCCAACCAAGAAGGCUUCCACUGACGGAUCUUGUGCCGGAACCUCUGGCUUCACAUGUGCUGGAUCUACUUUCGGAAACUGCUGCUCCCAGUACGGUUGGUGCGGAACCACCACCGGUCACUGCGGUACUGGCUGCCAAUCUGGCUUUGGUACCUGCAACUAA